AGGAAAUUGGUGUCUUGAAAUGUUGAAAUGAUGUCACAAAUUCAACUCAUUACAUAUAAUGUUUAUUUCAUACAAUCAUUUUUUUUUCCUUGAAAGGUGCCUGUGAUUCUGGAAUUGAUUGUGAGUGUAUGCGACUUUGUCAAACUAAAAUCUGCACAUGUGGCUUACGCAGGUUAUUUCUAUCUGUUUGGCAUCAUCGUUGGCUGUAGCUCAUUCCCUCUGCGCUGGUUAUUCUGGCAUCAGGAAGCACUGUGGUACGCAUUAGCAGCCACCCUCUAUAGCCUGACCCUCCUGGCUUUUGGCUUUUUCAUCUCUCUGCACCUGUUCUUGGCUGUCAGACGUGUGAGCGAGUGUGAGCGAGUGUGUGGGUAUGUGCAUGUCCCUCAGAAGGACCAUGACUCUAAAGCCUUUGGUGACCGUUCCUCCUUGCUGACUCCUCCUCAUGUCUAGUCAGAAUGGACGAGAGCACAUUUGAGACAUUUGAGGAAGAGCUUGGGGCAACACAACAGGAUGUUCCUCAACCGAAACAUCCCAGACAAUCUCAUCGGCCUGAAAUGUAUCCACAAAGAAGGGUGAGAGAGGAACCUCUAGUCAUCCAGCAGAUCCCAAAGUCUCUACCUCGUGAGUCUCCAGUCACAAGAGGCGUGUCAUUGCGAAAGUCAUUGUCUGUUCAGAACGUGGCCCAGAUCGAGGCACCAUGGGAGGGAGUGACGCUUAACCGCUGCCUUUUCAUAGCCAUCACUAUUCUGGUCCUCUCCUCAGGGUGUCAAAGGCUACACGAGUUUCUAAGAGGUCGCAAAGAUGGGAGAGAUCUAGAGCCCAUAGGUUCUGUGCUUAACGUCAGGCACACUGCUUUGAGGAAAUAUCGCUUACCAGCACCUGAGCCGGAGACGUCUCUGUGGGACACAUUUUUCUGGUGGGUGAGUGACGAUGAAGAUAAUGACGAUGAAGAAGGAAGCAGACGAGGCAAGUCAAGGAAGGUGACUCGAGAAAGAGCUACUAGAGGUCUCAGACACAAAGCCAUACCAGACAGGAAACUUCUGAAGGGACGGGAGGGCAGAUUUAAAGCACGGAGAGAUAAAGCAAGACAGGACAAAAAGAAGAGUCGAGAGAACAUGAAGGUACAAAGAGAGAAAAUGAAGAGUCUCAGAGAGAAGAAGAUGGAAGAAGAAGAGAGGGCGGAAAAGAAGAUGAUAAUGAAGGAGAGCAAGAAGAUAGCUAAUUAG